UCAGUCCUCUCCAUCCCCCUGACUGAGCUAGCUGACUGAGUGUCUGCCUGUUAAUCCUAAGAGGAGGGGUAGAGUCACUGAUCCACAGCCUGGGAGAGGACCCACUCCCCUGGCGGGAAUCUACCAAGAGGAGAGCCCUCAGCCUAGCUACUACUGUAGAGCAGAGCACCAACUAGCUAACCAACACCUGGGUGUCCUUCCCUCCUGGAAUCCCAGCAUCUGCCGAGUCAUCAGUAGUGAGUUAGGGUGUCAUGGCCGCCGGGUUCCGGACAUGCAGAAAUCACCCCUCAUAGUGCUUCCCCCAGCCAACCACUUGCAAACACACACACGUAGGAGGAGGAGCAGGAGAAGGCGCAAGGGUGAUAAUGAUAACCACAUCCUAUAUGAACGGUCACAUGACUGAGUCAGACGGAAGAGGAGGAGUUGAGGCCAACCAGGAGGAGCCCCAGCAGUGGCACAGGGAGAUGGCGGUGGACUGCCCGGAGGACCUGGGUGCCCGUACCCUGCCUGUGAGGCGCUCUGCCCAGCUGGAGAGGAUCCGUCAGCACCAGGAAGACCUGAGGAGGAGGAAGGAGGAGGAGGGCAGGAACAGACAGGAGCUGGAUCUGACUGCCUCCAUACGGCUCAAGAAGCUGUCUCAGAACCCCAAGGUGGGCAUCGAUAACCCCACCUUCGACCCCAUCGAGGGCCCUGGAGGGCCACUGGGACUGCCACCCAACCUGGGGGCCCCCACUCUACUGGAGUUGGAGGAGCUGCUGAUGUCCCUGAAGCAGGUGCAGCACUGCCUGUCUGACGGCCAGAGUCAGGAGGACGUGGAGCUGGUGCUGCAGCUGGUCCAGAAGACUGACUUCCAGAAGGCCUUCAACAUCCACAACGCUGUGGCCCAGCACAUGAACAGGCCCAGCCCGCCCUUCCCACACACAGACCGUGCUCAGGGCCUGGCACACGAGGUCCAGUCUAUGGUUCAUAACAGCCAACACAAGGAGGGUUUGGAGCUCAACACCCUGCUCUCCUCACCACAUAUCCAGGCGGUGCUUCUGGCCCAUGACUGUGUUGCGGAGCAGGAGAUGCAGAUGGAGCCCCUGACCCCUGACCCCUGUGAGGCUCUCACCCAGUGGGGAGGGGAGACUGUCAAGAUAGUCCGCAUGGAGAAGGCCAGGGACAUCCCACUGGGUGCGACAGUGCGUAACGACAUGGAUACCGUGGUAAUAAGCCGCAUCGUGAAGGGCGGGGCGGCGGAGCGCAGCGGGCUGCUGCAUGAAGGAGACGAGGUUCUGGAGAUCAACGGAGUGGAGAUCAGAGGGAAGGACGUCAACGAGGUCUUCGACAUCCUGGCCGAAAUGCACGGCACCCUGACCUUCAUCCUUAUCCCCAGCUCACAGAACAAACCCCCACCCAUCAAAGAGACUGUGGUCCAUGUGAAGGCUCACUUUGACUACGACCCGUCUGAUGACCCGUACGUGCCGUGCAGGGAACUGGGCCUGUGCUUCCAGAAGGGAGAUAUCCUCCACAUCAUCAGCCAGGACGACCCCAACUGGUGGCAGGCCUACAGGGACGGAGACGAGGACAACCAGCCCCUGGCCGGGCUAGUACCAGGAAAGAGCUUCCAGCAGCAGAGAGAGGCCAUGAAGCAGACCAUAGAAGAGGAUAAAGAGCCUGAGAAGUCGGGAAAGCUGUGGUGUGCUAAGAAGAACAAGAAGAAGAGGAAGAAGCUCCUUUACAACGUCAAGCAGAAUGAUGACAACGACAGUGAGGAGAUCCUGACCUAUGAGGAGAUGGCGCUCUACCACCAGCCAGCCAAUCGAAAGCGACCCAUCGCCCUGAUUGGUCCUCCCAACUGUGGGCAGAACGACUUGAGACAGAGACUGCUGUCCAGCCAGCCAGACAGAUUUGGGGGAGCUGUCCCACACACGACGCGGAACAGGCGUGAUGUGGAGGUGAGUGGGAGAGACUACCACUUUGUCUCCCGCCAGGCCUUUGACAUGGACGCCACUGCGGGGAAGUUCAUUGAGUCGGGAGAGUUUGAGAAGAACCUGUACGGAACCAGCACCGACUCUGUCCGCCAACUCAUCAACACGGGCAAGAUCUGCCUGCUCUGUCUGCACACACAGUCGUUGAAGACUCUGCGUAGCUCGGAUCUGAAGCCUUACAUUAUCUUCAUCGCUCCUCCCUCCCAAGAACGGUUGCGAGCCCUCCUGACCAAAGAGAGCAAGAACCCAAAGCCAGAGGAGCUGCGUGACAUCAUCGAGAAGGCCCGUGAGAUGGAGCAGAACUUUGGCCACCUGUUUGAUGCAGCCAUCGUGAACACAGACCAGGACAAGGCCUAUCAGGAGCUGCUGAGGCUGAUCAACAAACUGGACACAGAGCCACAAUGGGUCCCCUCCUCCUGGCUACGCUAAGGGCCGGGGCAGUAUAACACACCCACAGUGCUAACCCUGACUAGAGCCCUGUAAAAUCUGCAAUGCACAGAAAGUGAACGGAAUCACAGAAAUCAAUACAUUGAAACAUAAUUCAAUAUGCUAACAUUUAUUGAACUUUGUAGGCAAUCAACUAAAUGUAUUGAAAAUGUAUUCAUUUUCCCAAGUUUAUCAUAAGACAUGAACAGAAUGCAUCAGUGAUUCUUAUUUCCUGCGAGUUUCUGAAUAAGCAAAGAUAAUUCCUCGUCUGUAUGUGCAGUGCGUGCGUUUACCACUGUGUAGCCGUUAGCGAUGAUGCUAAUGAAAAGUCUUCUAGUAGAUGGAAAGACUUUCACAAAAACCUUCAGUUAAAUGUUAACUACAAAGUAGCCUAUGCUGACCUGGCAGAAUUAUAUUAUUUGCAUCAAUCCAGUGGGUAUUUGUGUACAAAAACACUGCUAAACAACAGCCUCUUGCUAGCACUGGAAUUAAAGGGUAACUACACCUGAAAAUAAACAUUUUUAAAAAAUGUUCCUAGACAUCAAAAGGGGUCUCUCGAUGUGGUUUGCGCAUUGUUGUGGACUUAGAACAUCCAAUUUAGUUGUUUUCUAUUUUAAAAGUGUGAUUUUGAGAGUGAAAACCUGAAAAAACAAGGGGAAACGGAAAUCUGGAAAAACUAAAAAUGUAUAGGGCCCUACCUGACACACACACACACACCGCUGAAGAUUUGUCUUGUUUCAAUUCUCCAACCACAAUCACUGUGUGAGACUGGAGGUAGAUCCUCAAUCACCACAAGCUGAAGAUGAAUGAAACAUUUACAGCUUAUCACUAUUAUGCUGAACUGAACUCUUCUAUUCACUUCUGAGACUACCUGGGGAAAUUCAUUUCAGUUAUUUUGCUCUGAUAAUUUGUCCUUUUUUCCCCUUUUUUUGUUUCUGUAUUUCUCUUCACUAAAUUAACUAUUCACAUUCCAGGUACGAAGUAUGUAAAGACUUGGCACUUGUGGCAGAAAUAUAAUUAAUGCUUCUAUCCUUUUGAUAAUUAUUUAUAAUUGUAAAUAUAUUGUAUUUUAAAUAAGUUUUCAAAGAUGAGAAGAAGAACCCAUAGCUUCUAUGUAUGACAUAUUAUUAUCCAGUCAGUGAAUGUCUCUCCUACACAGAGGUUGUUGUACCCAUGCUCUGUCUGUGUGUGAGGUCAGGUGUGUGUGUGUUCUCUAAUGUCGAACUGACAUCACUCAGCCAUAGUCUUGAGUGUUGGCAGUAAGGUGCCUCUGAUCUCUAACAUAGCAGAUGGGAAUGGGAUUAGGCUACUACAAGUAUCAUCAUGGAUGGGAUUUGUUCACCCAAUGAAACUAUCUGUGAGGUGAUAACAUUUACAUUUACAUUUAAGUCAUUUAGCAGACGCUCUUAUCCAGAGCGACUUACAAGUACAUACAUUCAUACUUUUUUUUGUACUGAUAACACCCAGGUGUAGGAUUACAUUAUCUCAGCAUCUGGGCUCUCUUUCCACUGCAGCAGCCCUGGGUUCAAAUACAAUUUGAAUCAUUUCAAAUACUUUAGCUGUGCUUGAUUGAACAAUAGAAUAGUCCCACAAGUGCAAACCCUACCCCCAUCUGGCACUCCAGGUAGAUGAAAGCAAAACCUGAAAGUAUUUCAAUUAUUUCAAAUGCUAUUUGAACCCAAGUCAGCACUACCCUACAGCACAGCACAAUGCUGGAGGUUUAUCUAACUGGUGUUUUGACAUCACAAUAAUUAGAUCUGAGAGGUGCUUAAGAGUCACUGCCUCAUUCUAAUCUACUUGCUUUAUACCCUUUUCAAACUAUCGUGCCAAUCAACACUACUGUGCUGGCUCUGAUAUUUUCUUUUCACAUUGUCCCUCCAGCAUGGUCUCAGAAACUAUGGUGGGUCGUAAUCAGGCCAGUUCUGCUCAUUUUGGAUCGGCUCAGUACUAGAGGAUAAUAAACUAGCCCUAACCCCACCUCUCACCUCUACCCAGCACUAUAGGGUGUAUUUAUUACAUUUUGCAACAAACCAUUUACCGUUUUAAGAACCAAACUGAAGCAAAUGGUACUAAAUGGGGAGGGACCUACCUGAAUUUGUCCAAUAGACAUUUUGUCGUUCCAAAGCGUUUUCCGUUUGUAGUAAAUGGUUUCUGUUGCUAAAUGCUUUGCAACGGACUAAACAUUUUACAACAGAAUCGGCGUAAAUAAUAUACCCCUGGUCAUAACUAAAUACAAAAAACUGUCCUGUCCAGAAUCACAGGAUUUAAACCAACAUUGAUGAUAAUGAAGAAAGAUUAUUAGAGGUGUUUAAAAGUUGACACUAAACCCCCCUGGGGUAGCUUUUGUUUUAUCUCAGUAUUCAUCAUGCAUAGUUCCUGUGCUACUCUGUAGGAGUGUAACCAUAGUGAAUGUAACCAGCACUAUUCUAUUCACAGAAAACACUAAAGAAUAUCUGA